AUGUCAUCAUUAAAAGAUAAUUAUGAAUUGUUAAAUUCAAUUAAAAUUGAUACAAACAUUCAUUUAGAAAAAUAUGUACACAAGCAAACUAAAUUAACAGUCUACAAUGUAACUAUUCCAUUACCAAUCACAGAUGGUUUCUUUGUUUUACCAACUGAAACCCUAUCAAAUGAUGGUUGUCCACACACUCUAGAACAUUUAAUAUUUUUGGGCUCUGAAGACUACCCAUAUAAAGGCUUCUUGGAUUUAGCCUCAAACAAAUGUUUUGCCUCUGGUACAAAUGCAUAUACUAGUACUGACCAUACUGCAUACGAAUUAACCACUGCAGGUUCUGACGGUUUUUUACAAAUAUUACCAAUUUAUUUAGACCAUAUACUUUAUCCAACUAUUACCAAUGAAUCAUUUAUUACUGAAGUCCAUCAUAUUAAUGGUAAAGGUGAAAAUGCAGGUGUAGUUUAUUGUGAAAUGCAAGAACGUGAAAAUAAAAGAAUAUCAAAAAUAUAUUCAUCAAUUGGAGAAGAUCUCUUUACAUCCCCAUCUGGAUAUAAAUCAGAAACUGGAGGUUUAAUGAAAGAUAUCCGUAACUUAAAAGUUGAAACCAUUCGUGAUUUCCACAAGUCAUACUAUAGACCAGAUAAUGUAUCACUAGUAAUCGCUGGUGAUGUCAAUAUCGAUGAUAUUUUCAAAUCAAUCGAACCAAUCGUACAAAAAUCCAUUUCAAAAGGGGAAUUAAAACCAAUGGAAAGACCAUGGACAUCAAAACUUGAUAUCUUUUCAAAAGAUAUAACAAAAACAAUUUUAUUCCCAGCAGAAGAAGAAUCAACUGGUGAAUGUGUCUUAACAUUCAAAGGUCCAAAAUUCGAUGAAUUUGAUAGAUGUGACGCUAUAAUAAUUUUAAUGGAAUAUUUAUCUAAUGGUCCAACCUCACCUCUUUACUCAACUAUGAUCGAUAUUGAAGAAUCAUAUGCAACAGAUGUUGGUUAUGUUCCACACAAAUUCUCAACUAAAUUUUAUAGUAUUUGGUUCCAAAAUUGUGAUUUAAAGAGAAUUGACCAGAUUAAAGAGAAAUUUCUUUCAGUUCUUAAAGAUAUAGUGGAUAACAAAAAGUUUGAUGUUGAAAGAAUUAGAGAUUCUAUUUUACAAAAUAAAUUAAAUAUCAAGUUACAAUUUGAAAAAAAACCAAGUAAAAUUAUCUCUGAAAUUAUUAUUGGUGAUAUUUUAUAUGGUAAUAAUAAUUUAGAAGAUCAAAUGGAAUUUGUAGAAAUUUUUGAUAAGUUAAUUGUAAAAGAUGAAGCCUUUUGGUUAGAUUUAAUCAAGACUUUAUUCCUAGACCAACCAUGCUCAGAAAUUUUAGGUAUGCCAUCUAUUGAAGAGUCAAAACGUUUAACUAGCGAAGAGACUAAAAGACUUGAAGAGCAAUUCAAGAGCUUUACACCAGAACAAUUAAAAGAAUUAGACGAAAAAUUAAAUGCUGCAAAAGAAUUUAAUGAAAAAUCAAUUCCAAAAGAACUCUUUGACAAGAUUAAACUUCCAUCACCAGAUUCAAUUUCAUUCUUACCAAUAUCAUCAGUAAGAGAUGAUAAAGUUGUCCACGUUGGAAAUAAAAAAGAAGAGGAGUUAUUAAACCAUUUAAGCAAAUCCAAUCCAAAACCAUUACCAUUUAGCAGUCUUUUCAAUCAUAUCGAAUCAUCCUUCAUCAAUAUUAGAGUAGGCCUCAACACCCAAAACUUCCCAGAUGAUGACCUCAGAGAUCUCAUAGGAGUAUAUUUAGAGUUAUUAACAAUGUCAUCUGCAAAGAGGGAUGAUGGCACAUUAGUAACCUAUGAACAAGUCGACAAGUUAAUUCUCAAACAUACCAUCGACUUUAUUACUUUACUCGGUAAUUCAAGCUCCUUUGAACAAAAGGCAUUCUCUCAACUCUGUUUUAUCGUUUGCAAUAUCGAAAAAAAACAUUAUAACGAUACCAUCAACCUCAUAAAAUUACUUAUCGAUGGUCUUGUUAUUGAACCAGAAAGAAUUAAAAUCGUUGUAAAGAAGAUGCUUGAUGAAAUCCCACAUCGUAAAGAAAAUGGUACAAAAGUGUUAAAUGCAUUAAACAAUUACAUUUUGUUCGAUAAGAAAAAAUCAAAUGUUGUCCAUUUAAAUUACCAAAAACAAACCAAUAUUUUACAAAAUAUUAUUCAAAUUUUAGGUGGUGACGAUGAAAAUGACGACAAAGAAGAAGAAGAGGAAGAAAAAGAAGAAGAAAAAGCCAAACCAAUUGAAAUUACCCAAGACGUUUUAUCAUUAAUCGAUAGAUUAAACCAAAUCAAAGAAUACUUUUCAAAGCGUCCAGAAGAAAUAUUUAUUUCAGUUGGUGGUGAUAUUUUAGAUUUACCAAAUCCAAAAGACCCAUGGAUUAAAGAAUUCUCAUACCUAUAUAAAGAUCCAAACAACCCAACUACUGCUGAAUUCUCCAAACCAGCAUUCCAAUACGAUGUAUUAGAUAGAGAAUCCAUCAAAGAAAGCAAAGGUAAAAUUAUGGCAGUAGUCACCCCAGGUAAUGGUUCAUCAAACCUCUUCCGUCUAAUUGAAAACGGCUUUACCUAUGACAACAUCAUCAGCCAUGAAUAUUGCUCAAUGUAUUUAGCAAAUGCCUAUUUAAAACAAUUAGAAGGUAGUUUCUGGCGUGAAUUACGUGGUGCUGGUUAUUUGUACUCCUAUGAUUUAUCUGACAAUCCAGACGGUGGUUUCUAUAACUUUGAUUCAUUUAGAGUCUCAAAUCCAGAAAAGGUAUUAGAAGUUGGCAGAGAAAUCAUUAAAAAAACACUUGAACAACCAUUAGAUCCAAUUUUGUUUUCAGGCGCUAUAAGCUCAUCUAUUUUUGAAAUUGCUCAAAAAGAAAAAAAUAUUGCCUCAUGUUUAAACUUUGCCUUCUUUAAUCAAUUAAGAGGUUGGGUUUCUCACACUUAUCACGAUUUCUUUAAACUCUUUUUCAAUGUAACUGAACAAGAUAUCAAGAAUGCAAUAAAGAAAUAUAUAGAACCAUUAUUUGACGACUCCCAAGCAACUAUAUUAUACACCUCAGAUAGUAACAAAGUCGAACAAUUCCUAAAACGUCACGAAAAUGCUAUACUCAUUAAUCCAGAAACCUAUUACAAAUAA